GCUGAGCAGGGCCCCCGCGCCGGCCCCCAGGGGCUCGGGCCUCCAGAGCCGCCGCUGCUGUCGCCCCGCCCCCGGGAGACAUGACUUCCAAGCCGCAUUCCGACUGGAUUCCCUACAGUGUCUUAGAUGAUGAGGGCAGCAACCUGCGGCAGCAGAAGCUCGAGCGGCAGCGGGCCCUGCUGGAGCAGAAACAGAAGAAGAAGCGCCAGGAGCCCCUGAUGGUGCAGGCCAACGCGGAUGGGAGGCCCCGGAGCCGGCGGGCCCGGCAGUCAGAGGAGCAAGCCCCCCUGGUGGAGUCCUACCUCAGCAGCAGCGGCAGCACCAGCUACCAAGUGCAGGAGGCCGACUCACUUGCCAGUGUGCAGCUGGGAGCCGCCCGCCCACCAGCACCAGCCUCAGCCAAGAGAACCAAGGCAGCCACCGUGGCCGGGACGCAGGGCGGGGCCACCAAGAAGGAGAAGAAGGGAAAGCACAAAGGCACCAGCGGGCCAGCAGCACUGGCAGAAGACAAGUCUGAGGCCCAAGGCCCUGUGCAGAUCCUGACUGUGGGCCAGUCAGACCACGCCCAGGACACAGGGGAGACGGCAGCUGGCGGGGGCACUCGGCCCAGCGGGCAGGACCUCCGCGCCACGAUGCAGAGGAAGGGCAUCUCCAGCAGCAUGAGCUUUGAUGAGGAAGAGGAAGAUGAGGAUGAGAACAGCUCCAGUUCCUCCCAGCUCAACAGCAACACCCGCCCCAGCUCUGCGACGAGCAGGAAGUCUGUCAGGGUGAGUGAGGAGGCAGCCUCGGCCCCCAGCCCAACAGCUCCAGAACCCCCUGUGGACGUUGAGGUCCAGGAUCUAGAGGAGUUUGCUCUGAGACCAGCCCCGCAGGGCAUCACCAUCAAAUGCCGCAUCACACGGGACAAGAAGGGCAUGGAUCGGGGCAUGUACCCCACCUACUUCCUGCACCUGGACCGCGAGGAUGGGAAGAAGGUGUUCCUCCUGGCGGGAAGGAAGAGGAAGAAGAGUAAAACUUCCAAUUACCUCAUCUCUGUGGACCCAACAGACUUGUCUCGAGGAGGGGACAGCUACAUCGGGAAACUGCGGUCCAACCUGAUGGGCACCAAGUUCACCGUUUAUGACAAUGGGGUCAACCCUCAGAAGGCAGCGUCCUCUACUUUGGAAAGCGGAGCCUUGCGGCAGGAGCUGGCAGCUGUGUGCUACGAGACAAACGUCUUAGGCUUUAAGGGGCCUCGGAAGAUGAGCGUGAUCGUCCCUGGCAUGAAUAUGGUUCACGAACGAGUCUCUAUUCGCCCCCGGAAUGAGCACGAGACCUUGCUAGCACGCUGGCAGAAUAAGAACACGGAGAGUAUCAUCGAGCUGCAAAACAAGACCCCUGUCUGGAACGACGACACCCAGUCCUAUGUACUCAACUUCCACGGGCGAGUCACCCAGGCCUCCGUGAAGAACUUCCAGAUCAUCCAUGGCAAUGACCCGGACUACAUCGUGAUGCAGUUUGGCCGGGUAGCAGAGGAUGUGUUCACCAUGGAUUACAACUACCCGCUGUGUGCACUGCAGGCCUUUGCCAUUGCCCUGUCCAGCUUUGACAGCAAGCUGGCCUGCGAAUAGAGGCUGCCUCAAGCCCCUUGGGGUUGCCAAGCCUGGAGUGCCGCCUGCCUGCGGAGACAGCCCUGCCUACCUUCUGUACAUAGGCCUUCUGCCAGAUGAAGCUGUGGCCCACAGGGGCUUCCUGACCCGGCCCCUCUGCCUCUGUGACUGAGGCAGUGGAGCAGUAGGGAGUGUUGGGACGAGGGUAAUUCUGUGCCCCAGGAUCAACACACGCCCUUAUCCUCGGGUUAGUAUCCUGCUGCCGUCACGUUUGCCAAGCUGGGCAACCUCUUCAUCUGGGAAGGCCCGAGGAGGUGUGGAGGGAGAGGAAGCACAAUACAGGGCCGCUGUGGCCCAGCCAUCUGCUCAGCCUGGAGCCAGCCUACAGUAAGGUAGGGCACACCCGAAUGCAUACGUGUAGAUGGAGGGCAUAGCAGCCUUACUGGCAAGGGGUUCAAUACCCAGGCCUGGCCCUUACACCUGCAGAAAGCCCUCCCACCUCAUAAGGCCCCAGGCAGGCCUGUGAGGGGUAGUGGGGAUAGGGAGUCGGCAGUCUCUUGCCAGGAUUACAGGGCCCUGGCUACCUGCAGUUGGUAGGCUGCGGUUCGAGCUGUUGUGAUUUCUCCAGGUUGGUUCUGUGCUCAGAGGCAGUGAGAAGUCGGCUCUCAAGGCCCAGAAUGCAGGAGGUGCGUGAACAGGCUCUGCAGUACAGCCCUGGAGGCCCAAUCCCCAGUCCCACUGUGGGCCUGGCUGGGGGCAGAGCACCGCUGCCAAGCCCUGUGUGCUCCAGGCAGAAUCUCUGUCUUCAGACACCCAGCUAAGUCAUGCUAGGAGAGGGCUUCAGGGUGUGGUUCCUCUUGGGAGGUGGGGGAGUAGGGAAUGAUGUGGAACUACAAGAGAUCAGAAGUGGCAGGCCCGCGGGGAUCAACUGGUACAAUCACAGUGCUUCUAGCCGAAUCACUGAGAACAUGGGCCGGGCCCUGGGUCACCGAGGGUAGAGUUCCCCUCUGUGUUCCCACCAUGCCCUAAGGAACUGCUGAUCUCCAGUUCUCUGGCCUCCUGGGGUCCUUUCUGCAUGCCCUUAGCCCUGGAUUCCAGCGUCUUAGCAAUGUCAGAGUUGAGUAGAGGAACGCCGCGCGGUAGGAGUGAGGCAGGGCCCUGGUGGAAGUUGCCCUGUCAGUCUGAUGGCCCCGAGUGUGACAGAUACAUGAGCAUCCUGGGCUGCUCCCUUCUCCCUGGAUGGCACCACCCACUCCAAAUGCUGCUCACCUGACAUCUUCCCUGGCAGAGAUGGGAAGCAAGCAGGGUUAUACCUUGCUUUGGAGUAGAUAUGUGUGCAGAGGAUAAGGAGAAAUUCUUUUUUUUUUUUUUUUUUUUGGUGACACUUGAAAAAUUUCAGGCUCUACAGGUGAUUAGUCUUUGUAAUCUAGAUUUUCCUAUGUUGAAGGCUUCAAGCAAGGCAUGCCUGUUUACACCUCAGCCAUGUGUUUCUCUGAUAGGUCCCUCGCAGGAGCUAGCCUCUGUUGGAACUAACGCUUUUCUGGGCUGGGGCUGGUCAUUUUCUGAUGCAGUACUGUGGUACCAGGGACUUGCCUACAUUUGAGCUGAUGGCGACCAGAUGAUCACAAUGUCUUCUCCCACUGUGGUCUGCAGCUACAGUUGUAAGGUAGAACAGGCUGAUUGUAGUGAGAGGAGGGUCCUGACAGCAGAUAGAAAAAUCAGAAGCACAAUGGAAAAUUCUUGGCCUUUCUUUUCUCCUUUAGCACAUGAAGAGUAGAAGAGCCUUGGGCGCUGAGGGCCAAGCAAGUGCAGUUGAGCCCCAGCCCUGGUGAUGCUGCCUUUCCUUGAUCACUGGCCCUACAGCCAAGGGCUUAAGGGCCAGGGCCCCUAGAGCCCACCUGGCUUCAGCCUCUCAGGCCGUGGUGAGAGUUCCUUCCCCUUCACAGAGUCCUGGAGUUGAGGAAGGGAUUGGAGUCCCUAGGACCACACCCCAAAACUUUACACCCUCUGCCCCAAAAAGUUCCCCUGCAGAGCGGUGAAGUUCACUUCCUAAGUCUAACGUUUCUUUCCUUUUGGCUCCAAGGUGCUCUGUGUCCAUGUGUGUGUCCGUCUAGGAAAAAGGGCAAUCUGUGACCAUCAACUGAAGUUCUUACUAGGAGCAUAUUCCUAAGGACGAGUAGGACAGGAAGGAGGUAGUUAUGGUCACCUGUGGGUUUUUCCCCAUUCAUUUCAUGCUUGAGCAGCGAGUAUACCGUGGAAAUAACCAGCUCUUCCUCUGAUGAGUGGUUAGCUUUUCAGUCUGAGUGUCGCAUGCAAGCUCUUGGAUGAAUUUAAACAGAACGCUAGUGAAUGUGCCUUAAAAAUCACAACACUAGUUCAGCGGAAACAGGUAAGGACAGGUGUUGGGAGUCAGAGACUGGAAGAGAACCUUGGAGCCUGUUCCCUUCCCUGACAAGUAGGGCAACAAACUAAACUUUGGUAGUUCUAACCGGCAGCAGGGAUGCUUUUCACAGGAAAAGGUCCCUCCUCCUCUGGGCGCUGUUAGGUAAGCACAAACCAGCCCCUUGAGGGAUGUCCUGGUUUUCUCUGAGGGCACUAACACUGGCCUUCCCUCUAGCUCCUGUGCGUGGCAGGUGUGCUUCUAUGGCUGGGGUCGCACCCUGAUGGAGUUCCUUAGGGACAUCCAGUAUGCAGGUUUUUAAAAUCUCCAAGGGGAGAGGGAGGCACCACUACAGAGUUAUCUCACUCUAGGUCUUCUUUAACUACAUAAUGGAAGCUGCUGGACUGGGGAUUCAGGCUGAAUCAAAGUUAAUUCUCGCUUUUGUUGCUACCUUUUCUAGCUCAUCACUGUGCCUUUUUCUUUCCUAAGAAUGGACAUCACACUCCACUUCCUUCCUCUGUUCCACUACCCUUCCUUCCUUCUCCCCCCAGUCAAGGUCCAGGUGGAGCUGGAGAUGAGGCUGAGACCCAGCUUCCUGGAGGGCCGUGUCAGAGGACCUAGAAAGCCCACUCUGGUCUCUUUUAGUCCUGCAUUUGGUGACAGAGGGGACCUGGUCAGGAGAGGUGACAGAGCUCUUGCUGGGAACACAUUUAGCCAGUUUUCAUCAUGCCUAGAAAGUGUAUGUCUCUUUGCACAAGAUCGUCUUUUCCUAUUUUGGAGUGGUCAGACACUUAUUUUGUUCAAAAUUAUCUGGAGUUUUAGACAAACUUGCAAAACUGUGCUUUUAUUAAGUGACUUUUUGAAUAAACUCUUUGGUAAUCUGGAACAAAUGUACUUAUUGGUAUGUGCAAUGACAAACUUGGUAUUUUCCCACAUUGACAUUAUGUAUG